AUGAGCUUCAGCGGCGGCCCCGGCGGUCUACUCUACCAGUACAUAUUUGUCUGGAUCGGCACCCUCUGCACGGCUCCCACCGCAGGCGGCCAGUACCACUGGGUGUCGAUGCUGGCGCCCAAGCCGUGCCGAAACUUCCUCAGCUACAUCACGGGGUGGCUGACGAUCCUGUCCUGGAUCGCCACCAUUGGAGCCGGCGCGUUCCUGGCCGGAUCCAUGAUCCAAGGCCUGUGUCUUGUCAACUGGAGCGGCUUUGCCUUGGUCAUCAAGCCCUUCCACGGCACUCUGAUCGCGUGGGCCGUCAUCAUGGUUGCCGUCUUGUUCAACACGGUCGUCGCGGGCCUGCUUCCCAGGGUUGAAGGCGCCUUCCUAAUCCUGCAUGUGCUGGGCUUUUUCGGCAUCCUGAUACCCCUGCUAUACUACUCGCCCAAGGGAUCCGGCUCCGACGUCUUUUCCACAUUUAUGAACGAGGGUGGCUGGCCGACGUACGGGAUAUCCUUCAUGGUGGGAACCGGAGGGCUGGCCUUUGCCUUUGCCGGCGCCGACGCCGCCGUUCAUAUGUGCGAGGAAAUCACCAACGCGGCAAUCAACGUCCCCCGCGCCAUUGCCAGCAGCGUCGUCGUCAACGGCUCCCUCGGUCUUGGCAUGCUCGUCGCGGUUCUCUUCUGCAUGGGCGACGCCCAAGCCGCGCUCGAGGCUGCCGACACCAUCAUCUUCCCCUUCAUCUACAUAUUCAUCCAGGGUACCGGAUCCGUGGUCGGCAGCUCCGUCAUGACCUCGAUACUCAUCGCCCUGGCCGUCAGCGGCACCGUGGGCUUCAUCGCCACGGCCUCUCGUAUGAUUUGGUCGUUUGCGCGCGAUCGCGGGCUGCCCUUUUCGCGCAUGCUGAGCCAGUACCGAUGCAAGGUCCAUCGCCGCUCAUCGGUGCCCGUGUGGGCCAUCGCCGUCGCAAGCAUUGUCCCCUGCCUGCUGAUCCUCAUCAACAUCGGCUCCAACACCGUCUUCAACGGCGUCACGUCGCUUACCCUCGUCAGCUUGUACAGCACCUACUUCAUCUCGCUGGCGCUGCUGCUCCAUCGCCGGCUCGGCUCGACCAUCAAGCUGCCUUGUCCUGGGGCGCUGCCCGAGCCGGCGUGCCUGGAAAAGCAGACGGGCGAGUACGAGCUGACCUGGGGCCCGUGGCAUGUCCCGGGCUGGGUGGGCACGGCCAACAACGCCGUCAGCCUGGCGUACAUGCUUGUUGUUUGGGUCUUUGGCUUCUUUCCCGCGGUACGUGUCGUGGACGCGCCGCACAUGAACUACAGCAGCGUGGUGUUUGGGGCUGUGGUCAUGUACAGUACCUUGUAUUACUACGUCUGGGGAAGGAGGCAGUACAAGGGCCCCGUCAUUGAGAUUAGCCCCUGA